CCAUCACUUCUUUUGCAUUGUGCGGAAACUCUUGAGCUUUUGUCUUCAUCUUCCAAAAGUAACAAACCUCAUCAAAUCAGAUUAGAAUAACUUCAACCUCGCUAAGAAUGAAGAUGAAAUACGCUGUUGUACCAUUCAUCAUAAUCUCUCUACUCCUCUCAUCUUCUUUGUUCAUGCUUUCAGAAGCCUCACCAUGUGACGGAAAAUGCAAUGCGAGAUGUUCAAAGGCAGGAAGACAAGAUCGGUGUCUCAAGUACUGCAAUAUAUGUUGCGAGAAGUGUAACUACUGUGUUCCCUCGGGCACUUAUGGAAACAAAGAUGAAUGUCCUUGUUACCGUGAUAUGAAGAACUCCAAAGGCCAACCCAAAUGCCCUUGAACAUGUUUUCAAGAACAUCCUCAUGGACAUCAUAUCUAUAUACGCAUAAAUAUUACGUUUGUGGUUGACGCAUGAUAUAAUACGAGUUUGAAAAUAUUUUUAUGUAUGAAAUAUGAAAAAUCCUGAUAAUAAACGAAAUAAUGUACUUUUAUUUGAAUUAUUAGAGGUGAAGCUUUUAUUAA